AUGACCAUGCAGGCCUUCCGGCGCGUCCCUAGCCUGGCCUUGCGCCGGUGCUUUUCCUCGUCUGCACCUUGUCACGAGAUUCGUGACAUUAGCGCCUUGCCUCGCCGACUGAUCCCAAAAUUCCAAGAAUCCCAGGGCGAACUUCUCUCUCUACAAUGGCCAGCACCGCCACGAAAUAUCCUGUUAGUGCGCAAGGAUUGCGCUCCAGCAGUGACAGAAUCCCUUAUUGAAUUUGUCAAUCAUAUUUCCUCCACCUACCCAUCUACCGCCGUUGUCCUCGAAUUUAAAACUGCCGCGGAAGUUCAUUCGUCCCUUUCAUUCCCUGUCUAUACUGCGUCCUUAGACGAAACUCCCAAUGCGUUUCAUGACAAGAUCGACCUCACCGUGACUCUUGGAGGAGAUGGAACGAUUCUCCAUGCGUCCUCACUAUUUGCGACCUGCUCCAAUGUACCCCCGGUAUUAUCGUUCAGCAUGGGGACCCUGGGAUUUUUAAGUGAAUGGAAAUUCUCCGAGUUUAAACGAGCCUUUCGGGAAGUUUACAUGUCGGGGGCUGGCGCUGGAGAUCGCACGUCGGUGCUAGAAGAGGAAACAAAACCUAUGGUGGCCUUACCGCAGUCGUCAGAUACCCAAGACGACUCCAUGGGACCAACUGGUUGGUCCUCGGUGCGUGGGAAGUCGAUGGGAUCAACUCGUGGCGCCCCCAUCUUGAUGCGCAAUCGUCUGAAAGUGGGAUUAUUUACGGGAGAUGGCCGUGAGACCACUCUGACUCGCGGAAAAAGUGACCAGGGUGCAGGAGUCUACGUCAUGAACGAACUGCUUAUCCAUCGUGGCAAAGAGCCGCAUCUGGCAGUGGUGGACAUUUUUGUUGGGGGCCGUUACUUGACUGAGGCUGUGGUAGAUGGCAUCAUCAUUUCUACCCCAACAGGUAGUACUGCAUACAGUCUCAGUAGCGGUGGCAGUAUCGUGCACCCGUUAGUGCCCUCAAUCCUGCUGACGCCUAUCUGUGCUCGGAGUCUUAGCUUUCGGCCCCUCGUGUUGCCGCUCAGUACGCCGAUCACUCUCCGCCUGAGCGAAAAGAACCGGGGCCGAGAACUGGAGGUCAGUCUGGAUGGAGUGAAUCUGGGCCAAGGGAUGGCGAUUGGCAUGGAGGUCCGGGUGUGGAAUGAGGAGAUGCGGCAUGGACAGAAUGAGUGGCAUGGUGGCGUGCCUAGCGUCAUGCGAAGAUCUAUGGGCGGCGAAGCCCAUGAGGGGUGGGUUGGUGGGUUAAAUGGGUUAUUGAAGUUUAACCAUCCAUUUGGGGAGUGA